UCCUGAUUUACUCAUCUUCAGAGUCUCUCCUGCAAGAGAGUCAUUGACAGCAACAGCAGCAGUCAAGAGAAAGUAGUAGUAAGAGGAGGAGGGGGCUUCUUCCACCAACGCAGCUGGUCCAGUCUUCUUCUGUAUUUGGGGGGCAUCUUAGGUGACUCACUGGAACUAAACCUGUAGUAUUAGAAAACCCAAUACUCCUCGUUAACAUUUAUUGUUUUAUCAUCUGACUUGGAGAAGAGUGUGAAUGUGAAGAGGACUUUAACGUCUAGGUGACGUUCUUCUGAGCCUGAGGAUGGAAGAUGAAGCAGUUUUGGAUAGAGGGGCUUCAUUCCUGAAGCAUGUGUGUGAUGAAGAGGAGGUAGAAGGCCACCACACCGUCUACAUUGGGGUUCAUGUCCCCAAAAGCUACAGGAGAAGGAGACGUCACAGGCGUAGGACUGGCCACAAAGACAAAAAGGAGAAAGAGAAGUCGUCUGAGAACUAUUCCGAUGUCGACAAAUCUGAUACUGAAAAUGCCGAUGAGUACAGCUCCAACAUCCUUAAACCCCUCAUCUCUCCAGCUGCAGAACGAAUCCGCUUUAUAUUGGGUGAGGAAGAUGACAGCCCGGCUCCCCCUCAGCUUUUUACUGAACUGGACGAACUUCUGUCUGUGGAUGGCCAAGAAAUGGAAUGGAAGGAAACGGCUAGGUGGAUAAAGUUUGAAGAAAAGGUGGAACAAGGUGGAGAAAGAUGGAGUAAGCCCCAUGUGGCCACGCUCUCCUUGCACAGUUUGUUCGAACUGAGAACAUGUAUUGAAAAAGGGACAAUACUUCUCGACCUUGAGGCAGGUUCUCUGCCACAAGUAGUAGAGAAAAUUCUUGAUAACCAAAUCGAGACUGGUCUGCUGAAGGCAGAGUUAAAGGACAAAGUAACAUACACGCUGCUCAGAAAGCACCGGCAUCAAACAAAGAAAUCCAACCUGCGCUCCUUAGCUGACAUUGGCAAAACGGUCUCCAGUGCCAGUAGGAUGUUUACCAGCCCUGACAAUGGUAGCCCUACAAUGACCCACAGAGACCUGACAUCCUCCAGCCUGAAUGAUAUCUCUGACAAGCCUGACAAAGACCAAUUGAAGAACAAAUUUAUGAAGAAACUGCCCAGGGAUGCAGAAGCUUCCAAUGUGCUUGUCGGUGAGGUGGAUUUCUUGGAAAACCCUUGUAUUGCUUUUGUCCGGCUGAAGGAAGCAGUCAUGUUUGGCUCCUUGACGGAAGUUCCUGUACCUACCAGAUUCCUAUUUAUCCUACUGGGACCAAAAGGAAAGGCCAAAUCAUAUCAUGAAAUUGGAAGAAGUAUUGCUACUUUAAUGUCUGAUGAGGUGUUCCAUGACAUUGCCUAUAAAGCAAAAGACAGACAAGACCUGGUUGCUGGAAUUGAUGAGUUUUUAGAUGAAGUCAUUGUGCUUCCACCAGGAGAAUGGGACCCUACCAUAAGGAUAGAACCACCUAAGUCCAUUCCGUCUUCAGAUAAGAGGAAAAACCAGUACUCUGGUGGAGAGAACAUACAAAUGAAUGGUGAUGCACCUCACGAUGCUGGCCAUGGUGGAGGAGGACAUGGAGACACUCCCGAACUUCAAAGAACUGGGCGAUUCUGCGGAGGGCUAGUUGAAGACAUCAAAAGAAAGGCACCCUUGUUUGCAAGUGACUUUUAUGAUGGAUUAAGCAUCCAAUCUCUUUCGGCCAUAUUAUUUAUUUACCUUGGAACUGUGACGAACGCGAUUACCUUUGGAGGGCUUCUGGGCGAUGCAACAGAAAAUAUGCAGGGUGUAUUAGAAAGCUUUCUGGGAACAGCAGUUUCUGGUGCCGUUUUCUGCCUUUUUGCUGGUCAACCACUUACAAUUCUGAGCAGCACUGGUCCUGUUCUGGUUUUUGAAAGGCUACUGUUUAAUUUCAGCAAAGAUAACGGAUUUGAUUACCUGGAGUUCCGUUUGUGGAUCGGCUUGUGGUCAGCCUUCUUAUGUCUUAUUCUGGUUGCUACAGAUGCUAGUUCUUUGGUGAAAUACUUUACCCGUUUCACAGAAGAAGGCUUUGCAUGUCUUAUCAGCUUCAUCUUUAUAUAUGAUGCUUUUAAGAAGAUGAUCAAGUUUGCAGACUACUACCCCAUCAAUACACAUUUCAAAGUUGGUUAUACCACUCAAUUGAGCUGUGCCUGCUUCCCUCCUGACCCAACUAACAGUUCUAUGUUCAAUGAGACCACUGAGUUCCCACUGGAUUUCCUGAAUACUACUACUGUUGACCUGUAUCACAACGAGACUAUAAAUUGGUCAUCACUGACGACAAAGCAAUGUUUGAAGUACGGCGGUAACCUUAUAGGCAACAACUGUAGAUACGUUCCUGAUAUCACCUUAAUGUCUUUCAUCCUGUUCUUUGGUACAUACACCUGUUCCAUGGCUUUGAAGAAGUUUAAAACUAGUCGAUACUUCCCAACCACAGCAAGGAAACUGAUCAGUGACUUUGCCAUCAUCUUGUCCAUACUGAUUUUCUGCGGAAUUGAUGCACUUGUUGGAGUUGACACGCCGAAGUUGAUUGUUCCCAGUGAGUUCAAGCCAACAAGUCCUAACAGAGGCUGGUUUGUCCCACCUUUUGGAGGCAACCCCUGGUGGGUGUAUCUUGCUGCAGCUCUGCCCGCACUUCUUGUAACCAUCUUGAUCUUCAUGGACCAGCAGAUCACAGGUGUCAUUGUCAACAGGAAGGAAAACAAACUUAAGAAAGGUGCUGGAUAUCACCUUGACCUGUUCUGGGUAGCUGUUUUGAUGAUAGUGUGCUCCUUCAUGGCUCUCCCCUGGUAUGUGGCCGCUACUGUCAUUUCAAUCGCACACAUUGACAGCUUGAAAAUGGAGACGGAAACAUCAGCGCCUGGAGAACAACCCAAGUUUUUGGGAGUGAGGGAACAACGGGUUACAGGAACCGUAGUUUUCCUUUUGACCGGUGUGUCUGUCUUCAUGGCUCCUAUAUUAAAGUUCAUCCCGAUGCCUGUUCUUUAUGGUGUUUUCCUCUACAUGGGUGUUGCUUCCCUCAAUGGAGUCCAGUUUAUGGAUCGGCUGAAGCUGCUUUUGAUGCCUGCCAAGCACCAGCCAGAUUUUAUUUACCUACGUCACGUUCCUCUGCGCAGAGUACACCUCUUCACUUUCAUCCAGAUAUUGUGUCUGGCCCUUCUCUGGAUCCUCAAAUCCACCGUGGCUGCUAUCAUAUUCCCAGUAAUGAUCCUUGCACUUGUGGCUGUAAGAAAGGCCAUGGACUACCUCUUUUCUCAACAUGACCUCGGCUUCCUUGAUGAUGUUAUUCCUGAGAAAGACAAGAAGAAAAAGGAAGACGAGAAGAAGAAGAAAAAGAAGAAAGGCAGCUUGGACAGCGACAAUGAAGAUUCUGACAGCCCCUAUACAGAAAAAGUCCCCAGUAUUAAAAUUCCUAUGGACAUCAUGGAGAAGGAACCAUUUCUAAGUGAUAGCAAACCUGGUGACACUGGAGAAAAACCAUUUACAUUCCUUGAACGACACACGUCAUGCUGAAAAGAUACCUUUUCUCCGGUCACAAAUGCCAAGCCCACCAUGUACCCCAGUGCGAAUUGUGCCUCAGAUUAGGAUAGAACUUGAGCCAGACGACAAUUCUUAUUUCUGGAGAAGCCGGGGAACAGAGACAACCUUAUAAAACUGUGAACUACUUCCAAUGUUUUCUUGCUCUUUUUUUCAUCACUAGCCAAAUACUAAAUCCAUUUUUUCUCUUAUUUCACAAAUUGUGAGAUGCAAGAUGUAACUCCAGCCUUUUUGAAAGCAGUUUUUACUUACUACAACAUUUCCAAUGUAUUAACCCUGCUGAUUCCCCCUUUUUUUUGCCUUUAUUUCCCAACACAAAAUGUAUUUUUAUUAUUUGUUUGUAUGCUCUGUAAAAUGAUACAUGCCUGGUGAAACUUCUCUUAAUAAUAGCUUUAAAUGCAGUAGUUCCUGCUUGCGUUGGGACGACAUUACAGCAGUAUAAACAUACACUCCAAGUCAUAGUACUGCUUAAACAUAUAUCAAAUAGGCAACUAUGAGUGAUUUCGCUUUUAAUUGAACACAACUCCCAUAAUCCUUUGUCGGAAUCAUAGUAUUAAUAUAGUUGCCAUAGAGUAAACUGCUAUGCACCUUGCUUUUGGCAAGUACUUAAGUAUAUUUAAUCGAAUAGCUUUUCUCUUUAAAUUAUGGGGCCUGAUCUGAAAAAAAAAAAUUAAAAAAAUAGUAAUCAUUAAAAAAAAACAAAACAAAAAAAAAAAACACUUUUUAAUGACUAUAAAAGAAUGGAUUUUUCCUGCAGCAGGAAACUUAUAGUUUUAAGUAGCUCUACCUCUAAUUUGUAGAUGUCAGGCUUUUAUUUUCUGUUUGAAUGUGUUGUACGAUGUGAUUUU